AUGGCAUCACUUUUGUUAGACAGAAAUUUGGAUGACAGGAGGUCGACCACGGGUUAUGUGUUCACUCUUGCAGGAGGACCCAUAUGUUGGAGAUCUAUGAUCCAAUCUACGGUUGCGAUGUCCACGACUGAGGCGGAGUACAUAGUGGUGGCUAAGGCUGCAAAGAAAGCUUUGUGGCUUACAAGGUUAGUCAGGGAGCUGGCGGACAUGUUGACGAAGCCUGUUACCGCAGACAAGUUCAAGCACUGCUUGGACUUGACAAAUGUCUCCAGCCAAAGCAGUAUUCGACGUCCCAUCUACCCUAUGCAGUACCGUCAGAUGCAAGUAAUUAGCCGGGUUUCGAGAGCUCAGUUGCUCUUCCCUGCACUGAUAUUUGUUCUUCUUACUGUGAUCUUCUUCUAUGGAGCUGAAGCAAACAAUAACGAAGUUACGGGUAUAGGUGUUAUCAUUGAUGUUAAAACCCGUAUGGGAAAAGAAGUGAAAACAGCCAUGGAAAUUGAAGCUCAAAACCACAACAAAAAGUCGAAGACUCGCAAAGUGCUUCUCCAUUUCCUGGACGACCUUAGAGGAGCUACAGUAGCUUCAAUCGCUGAAGAAUUCAUUAGAGAGAAAAAGGUGAAAGUGAUUAUUGGCAUGCACACAUGGCAGGAAGCCGCUGUAGUAGCUGAUGUUGGAGGCCAAGCUCAUGUUCCAGUCAUUUCGUUUGCAGCACCAGCCAUCAACCCACCCAAAACGUCACUUCGUUGGCCUUAUUUGAUACAAAUGGCUAAAAAUGGUUCUGAGCAAAUAAAGUGUAUUGCAGAUAUUGUUCAGGCCUACAAUUGGCAAAGGGUCAUAGCCAUUUAUGAAGAUGAACCAUAUGGUGGCGCUUCCGGCAAGUUAGCAGUUUUAUCUGAGACUCUCAGAAAUGUUGGUUCGGAAAUUGAGUACCGUUUGGUUCUCCAACCACAUUCCUUGGUGUCAGACCCGGAACAUGUUGUCCAUGAAGAGCUGGAUAAGCUCCUGAACAAAACAAAGUGUCGGGUUUUCAUAGUUCUUCAGUCAUCAUUAGAGAUGGCGACUCUUUUGUUCAGAGAAGCCAAGCAGAUGGGACUCGUAGGAAAUGACUCAGCUUGGAUUAUUGCAGACAACAUUGCAGAUUUGCUGCACUCUGUUAAUGACUCUGUUAUAUCCUCCAUGGAAGGUGCAUUAGGAAUCAAGACUAACUACUAUUCUGAGAAUCACCAUUUUCAUGCACAGUUUCAGAAAGUUUUCGGAAGUGAAUAUCCGAAGGAAGAUAACUCCGACCCUGGAAUUUAUGCCCUGCGAGCAUACGACAGCAUUGGAAUUGUUAUACAAGCGAUAAAGAAAAUGGCAAGUAACAUUACUAGUACUCCAGAGAUGUUGUUAGAGAAUAUGUUGUCAAGCAAUUUCUCUGGGUUAACUGGAAAAAUACAGUUUGAAGCAGGCCAGCUCACAGACACUAAUAAUACAUUGACGAUUAUUAACGUUGCUGAGAACAAUGGGAAGGGAUACGAGGAAAUAGGCCUUUGGACACCAGAGCUUGGUUUCAAAAAAAGUGAAGAGAAAAAUGGAAGUGAAAAUGUUUUUAACACCCUCAAAACUUUGGACGGCCGUCAAGUAAUUUGGCCUGGGCACUUAAACCGGAUUCCGAAAGGUUGGGAAAUGCCGACAAAUGCAAAGCCACUGAAGAUUGGAGUCCCGGGGAGAACAACGUUCGAGAAGUUUGUGAAGGUCGAGUAUGGAGAGACACCGAAUCAGAACAAAUAUGAUGGUUUCUGCGUUCAAAUUUUCUCGAACCUGACAAAGCUCUUAGGGUAUGAUUUGCCUUUUGAAUUUGUGGCGUACAAUGGCACCUACGACGACCUGGUUUAUCACAUCUAUAACAAGACUUACGAUGCUGUGAUCGGCGACGUGACUAUACUUGCCGAUCGAUUGCGAUAUGCGGAUUUUACACUUCCGUAUGCUGAGUCUGGUUUGGCGAUGAUAGUUCCAGCAAAACCAAAAGGGUCACCAUUGACGUUUACCAAGCCUUUCACCUGGAGCAUGUGGGCGGUGACUGGUGCCCUCUUGCUGUACACAAUGAUCAUUGUUUGGCUCCUUGAGCGCCAAUCCAAUCCAGAAUUUGUUGGAACAUGGAAGAAUCAGAUUAGCACUGCACUUUGGUUUACCUUCUCUUCUCUAUUCUUUGCUCAUAAGGAGAAAGUCCACAACAACUUAACACGUAUGGUUGUUGCAGUGUGGCUCUUUAUGGUGUUGAUCCUAAACUCGAGCUACACUGCUAGUCUGUCUUCAUUGCUCACAGUGCAACAACUGCAACCAAAUGUUACAGAUAUUGAGUGGUUGAAGAAAAACAACUUGAAAGUUGGCUGCGAUGGCGAUUCGUUUGUACAUAAAUACUUGCAGAAUGUGCUUAACUUCAAGCCGGAGAAUAUCGUGAAUGUCAGCAGUGAAGACUGCUACCCAAUGGAAUUCAAAAGCAACAAUAUAUCUGCUGCCUUUCUUGAACUCCCGUAUGAGAAAGUUUUCCUCGAUAAGUAUUGCAAGCGAUUCACGGGCACCAUACGUGCCGCCAGAUUUGGAGGAUUGGGCUUUGCCUUCCAGAAAGGCUCGCCAUUUGCCAGGGACUUUUCUGUAGCCAUUCUAAAUCUAUCGGAGAAGGGGGAUUUGAAGUCACUGCAAGAGAUAUGGUUGACUCCCUCGCAUGAGUGCUCACCCAACAUAACUUUUAGCGAACCUCAACAAUUGACCUUCCGGAGCUUUGAGGUUCUCUAUCUACUCUCUGUUGCCACCUCUGCCAUUUGUCUUGUACUGUCGGUAAUAUGUCAUCGGCGGCAACAUCAAGUUGCCUCUGAAGGCCGAAACGUUACUCCGGGCGAUGAGAGUGUUUGGAGGAUGAAAACAGCUAAACUUGUAAAAUACUUCUAUGUCAAGAACCAAAGAAGCACUCGAACUCGGGCAAAUACAUCGGGUACGAAUGAGACAAGUUAG